AUGCCGUUCGAACUCCCCGUCACAAAGGCCCUCAAAGAGGGCGCCACCACGGCCUACGGCUUCUGGCUGACCUUCCCGAGCUCGGCCGUCGCCCGCACCAUCCUGCGGUCUGCCGCCACAUCGCCCAGCGGCCGCUUCUCCUGGGUCCUCAUCGACGCCGAGCAUGGCCUCAUCUCCGACAAGGACUACUACGAGCUCGCCUCGGCCAUUGCCGCCGAAGGCGCCAGCCCCAUCAUCCGCGUUCCCUGGGCUGAAGAGUGGAUGAUCAAGCGCGCCCUCGACUCGGGUGCCCAUGGCGUCCUGACCCCCAUGUGCCACACCGCCGCCGACGCCGAAAAGAUUGUCGCCUUCUCCAAGUAUCCCGUGCGCGCCGGCGCCGCUCCGGGCACCAAGGGCGGCAGCCGCGGCUACGGCCCUCUGUUUGCCAUUCACGCAUUUCCCGGUGUUGCAGCGGGCGACGACUACGACGCCAGCGCCGAUGCCAAACUGAUGGUCGCCGUGCAAAUCGAAUCGCGCCAGGGCGUCGAGAAUGUCGAGGCCAUUGCAGCCGUGCCCGGCCUGGACACCCUGCUGAUUGGCCCCUUUGACCUGGCCCUACAGAUGGGCGUUGUGCGGGGCGGCGACGAGCACGAGGCCGCCAUCCAAAAGGUGCUGGCUGCGUGCAAGGCCAACGGCAAGAAGGCCGCCAUCUUCUGCACGAGCGGCGAGCAGGCGGCACAGCGCGCGGCCCAGGGCUUCGACCUCGUGUCUGUCAUUACGGACAUUAGCGCGCUGGGCGAAGUCAUGACACAGCACCUCGGCGUCGCCAACGGAACCGCCAAACCCUCCGGUGGCCCGGCGCGGGACGGUUACUGA